AGGAGCUUACUGUCUAAAGGGACCAAAAUGUGAAAUAUUACAUGAAUUGGACUGAGAGCUAUCCUUCAACAAAAUGAUAUAUCUUUAUUGUAACUCUGUUCUUUAUAUUCAGGGUCUGCUUUUGCUUUAGAUGAGGGACACCUGAAUUUGCUGCGUCUUCCCUGGUAUAAUUGUUUACCUCUGCAGAGUAGGUGUAUGCCUACUCACAAAGUUGAGUAAGGCUGUAAAUCUGCCUUCUAGUUUAGGGAAGAUGAAGAUGUAGCAUAGUUUACAAUAUACAUGAGUGAGUGCUGUGAAGUGUCAGCUGACUUCCAUCGUUCAGACAGCAGUGGAGAGAGGAUGGUGCUUGGUUAAGAUUCACCUUCUCCUUCUUGAAAACAAGGUGAACAUUUCUGAGUCUGCUUUGCUUCUGCUUCUUAAAGGAUGUGCAAGGGGGUGAUGCAUAGUUUUGAAAUAAAAGAAGUCGCCAGUCAAUCCCUAAACAAACUGUUUUCAAGCAUCAAAUGAAAAUUUCAGAAUACAAUAUGCAUUGAUGGAGGGGAAGACAUGCAUUAGUCUUUGAAGAAUGGGGACGAUUUAAAUAAGAGCAGGAAAAGAGGAAGGGCAUUCCAGGUGACAAGGAGGAAGAGUAGGUGAAGUGGGAAUGUACAUGGUUAUACAGUGGGGGUGGGGGGAGGAAAAUUAGAUGAUUCUAUCAUGCAUAGGAAAUUGUAAUAGAUGGCCACAGAACAAGAAUAUUUUAAGCAAAGUUAAGUAAAUCCAAAGAUCAACUUCAAUCCACUGGGAAAUGUAUCCCCAGGUUUACAGCUGAGAAUGAAGUUCAAUCAAUUUCAGAAAUGUGAUUAAACCACUUUACUAAAAUUAUGCAACUUUUAUUCUUCUACUUUUCCGAUUUAGUGACCACCCAAUGAAGAGGGAGAACCACACUCUCACCACUGAGUUUGUUUUGCAAGGUUUCUCCAGCUUCCACGAGCACCAGCUCACUCUUUUUGUGGUAUUUCUUACACUGUACAUCUUAACCCUAGCAGGUAAUAUAAUCAUUGUGACCAUUAUCCGUAUUGAUCAUCAUCUCCACACCUCCAUGUACUUCUUCCUCAGCAUGCUGUCCACUUCAGAGACUAUAUAUACAUUGGUCAUUCUCCCAAGGAUGCUAUCCAGCCUCGUGGGUAUAAGCUGGUCUAUCUCACGCGGUUGUGUCACACAGAUGUUCUUUUUUGUAACCUUUGGGAUCACUAACUGCUUCCUGCUCACAGCAAUGGGAUAUGACUGAUAUGUGGCUAUCUUCAACCCCCUGAGAUACACAGUCAUUAUGAACAAGAGGGUGUGCAACCAGCUGGUGUGGAGGGCCUGCAGCAUUGGGCUGAUUGUAGCUAUGACACAGGUGACACCUGUAUUUAGGUUACCUUUCUAAUGCAGAGAAAAAAACCUCACAGAAGUGACAGAGUUCAUUUUCCUAGGAUUCUCCAGAUUCCAUGAACACCAGAUCACCCUCUUUGCAGUUUUUCUCAUCCUGUAUACAUUAACCCUGGCUGGCAAUGCCAUCAUCGUGACCAUUAUCCACAUUGAUUGUCACCUCCACAUGCCCAUAUACUUCUUCCUGAGCAUCCUGGCCAGUUCAGAGACUGUGUACACAUUGGUCACCAUUCCACGGAUGCUCUCCGGCCUCAUAGCCCAGGACCAGCCAAUCUCCUUGGCAGGCUGUACCACUCAAGUGUUCUUCUUUGUUACCUUAGUCAUCAACAACUGCUUUCUGCUCACAGUGAUGGGAUAUGACCACCAUGUGGCCAUCUGCAACCCCCUGAGAUAUACACUCAUCAUGAGCAAGAGGGUGUGUGUCCAGCUGAUGUGUGGAGCCUUCAGCACUGGCCUGGCCAUGGCAGCUGUCCAGGCGACAUCCAUAUUUACCUUACCAUUUUGUCACAGAGUGGUUGGUCAUUUCUUCUGUGACAUCCUCCCUGUCAUAACACUCUCCCGGAUUGAUACCACUGUCAAUGAGAUCAUCAAUUUUGUUGUCAGUUUAUCAGUGAUCCUGGUUCCCAUGGGCCUGGUCUUCAUCUCCUACGUUCUUAUCAUCUCCACCAUCCUCAAUACCGCCUCAGCCGAGGGCCAGAAGAAGGCCUUUGCCAUAUGUGCCUCCCACCUCACCAUGGUCAUGGUCCACUACAGCUGUGCCUCUACUGACUACCUCAAGCCUAAGUCAGAAAAUUCUGUAGAACAACACCUCCUUCUCUCAGUGACCUACACCAUCAUCACUCCCCUCCUGAACUGUGUUGUUUACAGUCUGAGGAACAAGAAGGUCAAGGAUUCCCUACGUAGAGCUGUGGGCAGAAACAUUUCUUAA